GAAGGAGGAAACAGUAUUAAAGAAUGACAGUGUAGUCGGCAUUGUAACAUUUUUGCCCUGAGUUCGCUACAGCUCCUUAAUUUUAGCCUUUAAGUCCUGCUUUCUUUGUUUUGUUAAGUAAACAGCCCUGACGUUACAUAGAGAAAACGCACUACAGCCCCUGAACGCAGUGACAAGAUGAGCCUUCCCCUCUCACGCUCUGAAGUGUUUGGGCAGCUGAGGAAAGAACUACAUGAUGAUGUGGAAUUUCACCAGUCUGACGUUCAUAUCUUUAUCAUCAUGGGUGCUUCGGGAGAUUUGGCCAAAAAGAAAAUCUACCCAACUUUGUGGUGGUUGUUCCGAGACGGUCUUCUCCCUGAACAGACAUAUUUUGUGGGUUUUGCACGUUCUGAUCUGACCGUGGAUGCCAUUCGCACAGCUUGCAUGCCACACAUGAAGGUGGCAGACUCUGAGGCAGAUCGCUGCGCUGCAUUCUUCAGUAGAAACUCUUACAUCAGCGGGAAAUAUGUAGAUGAAUCCUCUUUUGCUAACCUGAACACUUACCUGCUGUCCCUGCCUGGAGGAGCUGAGGCCAACCGCCUUUUCUACCUGGCCUUGCCGCCCAGCGUCUACCACGACGUCACCAAAAACAUCAAACAUCAGUGCAUGAGCACCAGAGGUUGGAACAGGAUAAUCGUGGAGAAGCCUUUUGGACGUGACCUGCAAAGCUCAGAGGAGUUAACCAGUCAUCUCUCUUCUCUUUUCACUGAGGACCAGAUUUACCGUAUAGACCAUUACCUAGGCAAAGAGAUGGUCCAGAACCUCAUGGUUCUCAGGUUUGGAAACAGGAUAUUUGGUCCCAUAUGGAACCGGGACAGCGUGGCAUGUGUGGUUCUGACCUUCAAAGAGCCGUUUGGAACCCAGGGCCGGGGAGGAUAUUUUGACGAUUUUGGUAUCAUUCGUGAUGUGAUGCAGAACCACCUGCUGCAGAUGCUCUGUCUGGUUGCCAUGGAGAAGCCUGCAUCCACCAACUCUGAUGAUGUUAGAGAUGAGAAGGUGAAGGUUCUGAAGUGCAUUAAGCCAGUCUCUCUUUCUGAUGUGGUCUUGGGUCAGUAUGUUGGAGAUCCAGAUGGAGAAGGAGAGGCAAAAUUGGGUUAUCUAGAUGACAAAACUGUCCCUAAAGGCUCCACUCAGGCUACAUUUGCCACAGCAGUGCUUUAUGUAAAGAACGAACGCUGGGAUGGCGUUCCCUUCAUCCUCCGGUGUGGAAAGGCUCUGAAUGAGAGGAAGGCAGAGGUGCGGCUGCAGUUCACUGAUGUUCCUGGAGACAUCUUUGAUUCUCAGUGCAGGCGGAAUGAGUUGGUGGUCCGUGUGCAGCCCAACGAGGCCAUCUACGCCAAGAUGAUGAGCAAGAAACCUGGAGUCUAUUUUAGCCCUGAGGAGACAGAGCUGGACCUGACCUACCACAGCAGAUACAAGGACGUUAAGCUGCCUGAUGCCUAUGAACGUCUGAUUUUGGACGUCUUUUGUGGCAGUCAGAUGCAUUUUGUACGAAGUGAUGAGUUGAGGGAAGCCUGGAGAAUCUUCACUCCUCUUCUUCAUCAGAUAGAGAAGGAAAAGACACCACCCAUCAAAUACAAAUAUGGAAGUCGUGGACCUGCAGAGGCCGAUGAGCUGGUGCAGAAAGUGGGCUUCCGCUAUGAGGGUACAUAUAAAUGGGUGAACCCACACAAACUGUGAAAGAGACGAGGAGCCUGAUUACAAAAAAAGCCCAAGAUGAGUGCCUGAAGUAAAAGAAAGAAAAGGGCACUUUAAAAGUAUUUGAAGAUGCACUAUGUUUCAGCACUGCAUUUAAAGAAGAACCAACAAGAUUAGCAAACCCUUUUUUUUUUUUGGAUAUUAUGAAUUAUAACAAGCUUACUAUAUGAUGCUUUAUAUGGCAUUCCUCAUAUUAUUUAGUUCUAUAUUCCAUUGGACUGAACAACAUUUACAAUUUUUGCUUAUGCACUUAAGCAUCAUGAUUUUCAUACAAAUUUUAUACUGCACUGUCAUUCCCUUGGUUCUUUAUUCUUAAAGAAAAACAAAGCUUCUGUUAUGCAUUCCUUUUCACACAAGCAGAAGUCUUAACAUUAAAUGCUGCUCAGAUUUCAGAAGUGUUUUAUAGGCAGAAAGUUGGUAUGAAGUGAUUGUGUUCAUGUAUUUUUUUUUUUUUUUUUUUUUUUUUUUUGCAUUUUUGGUAGCAGGCUUAUUUAAAUCUGAAAUAAAAUGCUACAAUUGGACCACUAAAAAGAAAGAUUCCAGAAAUAUACAGGGAUUAGGAAUGUAUGGGUAAUGGUGUCUUUUGUUUCUAGUUAACAUGUAUGUAAAUUGCAUUUCACCAUGUCUUAAGGUUCCCACCGACUGGCUAAAUGAGCCAUGAAUAUGUUUAGUCUUAUUAAAGCAGAUGUAUUACAUUCCACAUCUCUCUGUAAAUAUUUUAAUAAAUGAGUUUUGAUGUAUGUUGUUACAUCACUCUCAUAAUGUGAGGCUAACCUGGGCAUGGUCUCUUUCUGCUCGCUAUCGCUUUUGGUUUUAGACACCUGUCAGGGCGCCCAAAACAACCAAUUUAUUACUCGAUUUUGGGAAUACUUGCUUGCCUUGCUUUAGUAAUGCAUUUUUAAUUUCUGGUGAUUUUUUUUUUUUUUUUUUUUUUUUUUUUUUUUGAUGCUUCAGCAUGUAAAAGUUCUGCCCAGUGUUUUCUGUUUUAUUAUAAGACAGUUACUUUUACAAUAAAGCAUAAUUAUGAUGCCUCACA